CACACAUACAUAAUCUUAGCAGCUUUAAGUGUCGUAAACACUCUAUCGCGGAUGCUUUUACGACAGCGCCCCUGCUUCUCCGCUCAGGAAACCCUUGUGCGGCCUCUCCGAAUAGCGCUCGCGCACUGAAAGAACCAUGCCGGCUAAAGGUCCCCUACAGUCUGUCCAGGUUUUUGGACGUAAAAAAACAGCCACUGCUGUUGCCCACUGCAAGAGGGGAAAUGGACUCAUCAAAGUCAACGGAAGACCUCUUGAGAUGAUCGAGCCUGCCACUCUGCAGUACAAGCUGCUGGAGCCUCUUCUGCUGUUGGGCAAGGAGCGCUUUGCUGGCGUUGACAUCAGAGUUCGCGUGAAGGGUGGUGGACACGUUGCACAGAUUUACGCCAUCCGUCAGGCCAUCUCCAAAGCCCUGGUUGCCUAUUACCAGAAAUAUGUGGAUGAGGCCUCCAAGAAAGAGAUCAAGGAUAUCUUGAUUCAGUACGAUAGGACCCUGCUGGUCGCCGAUCCCCGCCGCUGCGAGUCCAAGAAGUUUGGUGGACCUGGAGCUCGCGCCCGCUACCAGAAGUCCUACCGUUAAAAUCUCUCUGUACAUUUUCGUAUAAUAAAUCCGAGGGGGAAAACA